GAGUGGAGUUUGUAAGCAGAGAAGAGAACAGAAUGGGUUUGAGAUCAGUUCUUUUGGUUUUGGUUAUGGCUGCUGCUGUGGGAGCUCCAUUAAUGGUGGAAGCUCAGCUUGGGAUUAUUGGCUCUCUCCUUGGGCUUAUCAGAAUCCAAGGAACUGUUUUUUGCACUGCCAAUGGCAACAUUGGCAUCAAUGGCACUGCUACUCCUGUUUUCCCAAAUGCAGCAGUGCAAAUGGAGUGUGGAGACGGGAACGUGGUGUCGAGUGUAACAACAAACAACAUGGGGAUAUUUUCGAUCUUGUUGGAUCCUCUGCAGUUCAUUCUCUCUUCAGUCCUAAACAACUGCAAUGUCGUUGUGAAGACGCCACUGUCGAACUGCAACGCGUCGCUUCCGUCUACUGGGAGUCUGCUCUCGCGGUUGCAGUUCGUCAGUAAAAAGCUGCAGGGCCUCCUCAGCAUCGUCAACCUCGUCCCCAGCGGAUUCCAGCUCCUCUAAUCUCUUUAAACUGCCGAUCAUAGGCUGUAUUUGCAAGUGUGAUAUGGAAUAAGUAUUUACUUUGGAAGUUUCUGUCAGUUGUAGUUCUGUUGUUGUUGUUGUUGUAAUUGUCAAAAAUAAAAGUUUGUGUGUUUGUUGUUCUUUAUAGAUGUUUUAAAGUUGAAUUA